AUGACCGUUGAGCCAAGCCAAAGAGUAGCAGCCAAGCCAAGGUGGUGUCCAAUUGCCGUUAGUAGUCUUCCUAACAACAAACUGCCUUCAAAAACUUGGCGUUCAAUUCUUCUUUGGGCGCAAAAGCGCAAUUGUAUUCGUCAGUGUGAAUGCGUGCAUCACCAACGUGUCAGCCCCUCCUCUCUACCAAACCAUUUUUUUCCCGAUUUUGAAUUAGGGUUUCUCUCGAUCUCGAUUCAAUCAAGGCCCACAGACACAGUAUCGAAUCCCAAUCGAAUCGAAUCAACAACCCAGCCGUUACGGAAUCAUUACUCCAUUUUUCAAAUACCGAUUCUAUCUCCCCCAUUAAAUUCAUCGCUACAUUCAAUUCGUCAAUUUCCUUCUUGCUUUUCUCGCCCUUUCAGGAGAAAGGACUAA